AUGCCCAAGAAGGCUUCGUUGGAAGCCGUGAAACUCCCCGACCGAACAACUCUCUACACAAUCGACUCAUCCCCGCUCUUCUACCAACCCUUCGACGGCCCUCCAAUCCCUCACCUGAAACUAAUCCACGCCUUCCCGGACGUCGUACCUAAAAUCCAAAUCGAUCGUGGCGCAAUCCGAUUUGUGCUUUCGGGGGCUGCGCUGAUGGCGCCUGGGUUGACGUCGGCGGGCGGUCGGUUACCAGAUAAAGAGAAUGCGUUGGAGGCCGGGGAUAUUGUAGCUGUGACUGCAGAGGGGAAGGAAGAAGUUUGUCUUGUGGGACCGUUGAAGAUGGGGACGGAGGAGAUGAAGGAGAAGGGCAAAGGGGUGGUUAUGGAUGCGGGUCAUUAUUUGGGGGAUGGCCUUUGGAAGUUGAAUCUGGAUUAG